AUGAAUUGCACUUAUCAUAUCAAAAAUCCAAUAUCUUUGAUAUGUAUAGCCCCUCAUAAGUGCUAAUGCUAAAGGAAACUUUGUGUUGAAUGCCAAUAUGGACAUGGAGUGGAUUUGAAAUAUACAGUUCCUAUUGGAAUAUUUUAACAAAUGGCAAUGAAGAAAUUAAAAGACUCCAAGCUUAAUGAUACAUCUGAACUAACCAAAUAGAGAGUGGCCUUUAAAGCCUUGCUCACUCAAACAGAAUUAAUGAUGAAGAAAAUUUGGGAAGAAUUGUCAGAAUCUAUCAAAUAAGUAUACGAUUAGAUUGAAAAGGAAAACUAAUC